UAUUGUUCUGUUUGGCUUUUGUCUCCGGCUGAAGUGGACAUGUCAAGCUCACUGAAGGACGUGAAGAAUACAGUGGAGGAACUGAGAUCAUUAGUUCAAUCUUUGUCUUAUAAACUAUCAUUAACCAACGCACUUACAUCCGGCUGUACUGGAACUGAGUGGAUCCAGUUCAGCAACAGCUGUUACCUGUUCUCUAGUCACUCCAUGAACUGGACCCAAGCAAAAGAUUACUGCGAAGAGCAGGGCGCGUUACUCUUAAAAAUAGAAGAAGGCUCUAAGAAGGAGUGGGAAUUUGUUACCCAUUUGGCCAAACCAUUUGAAUACUGGAUCGGUCUAACAGAUCAGAUCACAGGCCAGUGGAGAUGGGCGGAUGACACUAAUUGCACCAUGGACAAAGUACACUGGGGACCUGGGCAGCCGGAUGACUGGCAAGGACAUCCGCACGAGGGAGGAGAGGACUGUGCACAUAUAACAAAAUUUGCAAAUAUUAAUGACAACCACUGCUCCACCAAAAUGAAAUUUAUAUGUAAAGGACCUAAGGAUUCUUAAUAGCAACCUGUGUG